CUGUACAACGGCGCCCUCCGAUGACGGCAUAAUUCCUCGACAGGCUAAUUAGUUAGCUGACGGCGACGAACCCCGGAGCAGCGGAGCUACCGUCACCUGUCCGUCACCGGGAUCAUCUUCACGGGAAAGAUAGUUGGGUCUCCCUCCCUCAGUGAAUACAGAGAGGUCUGAGCCUCCGUCACCAUGACAGACAACAAGCGCCUCGCCUUCUCCAUCAUCCAGUUCCUCCACGAUCAGCUCCAGUCAGGGGAUCUGACGUCCAGCGCCCAGGAGAGUCUGGAGGUUGCUGUUCAGUGUUUGGAGACAGCGUUUGAUGUAUCGACCGAUGAUCAGAGCCUCGCUGUCCCCAUGACGUUACCGGAGAUCUUCGCCUCCGCCACAGCAAAGCUCAGUCGCAGGUCAACAACAACUCCACCUCAAACUCUUAGUGAGGAACAGAGAGCUGAGGCUGAGAGACUGAAAACCGACGGUAACGACCAAAUGAAGGUCGACAACUUUGCAGCUGCUGUUGAGUUUUACUCGAAGGCCAUUUUCAUCAACCCUCAGAACGCCGUCUACUACUGCAACAGAGCUGCAGCGAACAGUAAACUGGGGAACUAUGCUGGAGCCGUACAGGACUGUGAACAGGCCAUCAGCAUCGACCCCAACUACAGUAAAGCCUACGGGAGGAUGGGUUUGGCUCUGGCGAGCCUCAACAAACACACAGAAGCAGCGACUUACUAUAAAAAAGCUCUGGAGCUCGACCCCGACAACGACACAUACAAAACCAACCUGAAGAUCGCAGAGGAGAAGAUGGAUACGUCCAGUCCGACAGCAGGGAUGGGUGGAGUCGACCUGGCUGGUCUGCUCAGUAACCCCGGCUUCAUGAACAUGGCGUCGUCUCUGAUGAACAACCCUCAGGUUCAGUCGCUGAUGUCGGGGAUGAUGUCCGGAGCGUACGGCGGGGUGGGGGGAGGUGGAGCAGGAGGCGGGGCAGGACCAGGAGUUGGACCAGGAGUUGGACCAGGAGUUGGACAAGGAGUUGGACAAGGAGCUGGACCAGGAGUUGGACAAGGAGUUGGACAAGGAGCUGGACCAGGAGUUGGACCAGGAGUUGGACCAGGAGUUGGAGUCCCUGGAGCUGCUGGAUCCGGAGAUUUAUCAGGACUGAUCCAGGCAGGUCAGCAGUUCGCUCAGCAGAUGCAGCAGCAGAACCCCGAACUCAUCGAACAGCUGAGGAGUCAAAUCCGCAACCGAACGCCCAGCACAGGAAACGAGGAGCAGCCGUGACAUCAGACAUCGUUGUGAGAAUCUCAUGUGGAGGAGACGAGCAGACCUUUUUUUUCUUUCUGAUCUGGAUCAUUAACGCUCGAAGGACUUGAAAGAGGUUUUUUUUUCCAUCACUGAAUAAUUCCUGCAUGAGAGAGGUGUGGGGGGGGGCUCAUUCAGGAGCCACGUCACCAAAAACAACGCCCACUUCCUGUGGCGCUGUGUUUUUUAUGAAGAACUAUGUGACUCAACACUUUGACAUCAAACACAUUGAAAUCUAAUAAACCAAGCUCUGAUAACAACAAUGUCCCAGAUGUUAAACAGCUGCAGAGUAGGUGUGUGUGUGUGUGUGUGUGUGUGUGUGUGUGUGUGUGUGUGUGUGUGUGUGUGUGUGUGUGUGUGUGUGUGUGUGUGUGUCAGAGCUAUUUAAACAGAGAUGGGAAAUUAAAAAGAGCAUCUCAACAUUUUACAUCUUCUGUCUGAUGAGUUUUCUCUCCUGUCAAACAAAUAAUAAAAACUCUAUAUACA